CGGAGGAGUGCAUGAACCAAACAACCAACCAACCAACCCCGGCCCCUCACUCUCACUCUACACUUAUAUAUAUACAUUGACAUAUUACCCCUUCCUCUCUGCAAUUUCUCGACAUCUCAAAUUGUAAAACCAAUCAGAGAAGCAAGAAAGAAGAUGCCUUCUUCCUCUCUCGUUAUUGUCUCUAAAUGCACUAUAUACCCCGAACACAAGUCUGCCGUUAAAUCCCUCAAGCUCUCCGUCUCUGAUCUUCCCAUGCUCUCCUGUCAAUACAUACAAAAGGGCGUUCUUCUCCCCCUACCACCGCUCUCCUCCCCCGACCUCAUCUCCCUCCUCAAGCUCUCCCUCUCCAGAACCCUCUCUCACUUCCCCCCACUCUCCGGUAGGCUACAUACCGACUCCGACGGCCACGUCCACAUCAUUUGCAACGACUUGGGUGUUGAUUUCUUUCAUGCCAAGGCGCCGCACCUCUCCACUUCCGCCCUGCUUCCUCCAUCUGAUCGCGACAUCCCACCCGUUUACCGCAAGUUCUUCCAGUUUGAUAGCACGCUCAGCUACGCCGGCCAUGAUAAGCCUCUUGCAGCGGUGCAGGUCACUGAGCUUAACGACGCCGUCUUCGUCGGGUGUACCGUGAAUCACGCGGUAGUUGAUGGAACUUCGUUUUGGAAUUUCUUUAAUACAUUUGCCGAAAUGGCGCGAGGCGCCAAGAAGAUCUCCAAGUCGCCGGAUUUUUGCCGCGAAACCGUUUUUAAUUCGUCAGCGGUGCUGGCGUUGCCGGCAGGAGGGCCGUCGGUGACAUUCUCCGGAGACGAGCCUGUGCGCGAAAAAAUCUUUCAUUUCAGCCGAGAAGCGAUUAUGAAGCUGAAAUUUAGGGCUAAUAAUCCUACAGGGAAGGUGGAGCCCGAAUUUUCGGACCCGGAAAUCUUGGGGAAGCAGAGCAACGACACUUGGGCAGUUAACUCUAAAAGUAACGGAAAGAUAACGACCGUUUUGUUGAAGAAAAAUCCUGCGGCUGAGAUUUCAUCGUUUCAGUCGCUUUGCGCUCACCUGUGGAGAUCAGUGACACGUGCUAGGAACCUAAACGCGAAGAAGACGACGACGUUCAGGAUGGCUGUGAACUGCAGACACCGGCUGGCCGAGCCGCGGCUGCAGCCCCUCUACUUCGGUAACGCAAUUCAAAGCAUUCCAACAACCGCUGCAGUUGGAGAGCUGUUAUCUAAGGACUUGGGCUGGGCCGCCGAUCAGCUACACCGGAAUGUAGUGGCGCACGACAAUGCUACGGUGCUGCGCUGUGUCAAGGAGUGGGAGAGCAAUCCAAGAUUGUUCCCCCUUGGAAACUUUGAUGGGGCGAUGAUCACCAUGGGAAGCUCCCCUAGGUUCCCAAUGUACGACAAUGAUUUCGGGUGGGGCCGUCCGUUGGCCGUGAGAAGUGGUAUGGCUAACAAAUUCGACGGUAAGAUCUCGGCGUUUCCGGGCCCGGAGGGAAAUGGAAGCGUCGAUCUGGAAGUGGUGCUGGCACCUGAAACUAUGGCGGGACUAGAGAAUGAUACGGAGUUCAUGCAAUAUGUUUCUUGAAUGAUAUAUGAUGGCUAAUUAAUGCUUCAAGAAUUAGCCUUCAACACUUGAAAAUGCAAGAAAAAUGGUAGGAUGGAUGCAUGAGAAUGUGAUGAGUCCCGAAAACUGGCCUAAUUAAUGGUACCUACCAUAUAUUCCUCAAAUUAUUAUGGUCUGAAGCAUUAGAAUCCGUAAUUUGCAUCGGAAUAGAGACUGCGGUGUUGAAAAAUGAAGUUGAUGGGAUGUGAUUUGAUGUGGAGAAGUCUAUGUUUUUACCAGAUUUAAUAAUAUCUUACUAUGUGUUUGUCCUUAUUAUCA